AUGCCUCAACCGCUCCUUGGGGCUACUGACUCGUUCAACUCGUCAACAGCAACAAUAGUCCCGGAUAGGAAAAGUCGACCUUCACAAAAUAACAGAUUCUUACCUCAGGGCCAGAAUGCCAACACAAGAGCUCUCGUCGGCUCAGAUAGCUUGGAAAGACAUAUCAGCUCUGCUUUGAGAGUAAAUGCAGGAGGUGAUGAUGGAAUGAUUGGGAUCUUGAAUACUCAGACUCAAGAUAUGGGCGGAAAUGGGUUAUCAGGUCUGAGCUUUAUGCAAGAGUACAUACAGAUCUCUCCAGAGGGUAGUCAACAAUCCAAUCCACCUUAUGAACCUUCAUCAAACGUACAAAUGAUCAAUCAAUUUGGACAUCAUCAAUUUCAGUCUAAUCCAUCAUCGAGUACGAAUACCAAUACGAAUACAUUUGAACCGAUUUCUUCUAUUCACUCAAGCUAUGAACCCAUUCGUUCUCCCAGCUCAUCCAACGCAUUUAGCACUUUAACAUCCCCUGUUGACCCUACAUCAUUCCCUGAUUUCCGUCCUUCUAGCGUAAAUUCUCAUCAUUCUGCAUCUUCUGUGGAUGCUUCAGAAUACUAUAGUACGACUGAUAUGGAUACGGAUGAUGAUGGUCUAUCGUCAAUACACGAUGCUCCACCUCUAGCUGUAAACUCAAAUGUAGGGGAUCUAGGUAUGGCAAAUAUGGAUUUGACAGGCGGACCAGCUCAAAUGACUUGGACACCAUACCAACCUUCUCUAAUACCGAAUGAGGGAGUUUCGCCAAGUGAUCUGACAGGACAAGCUGUCAGUCCAAGCAAGACAGAUCAUCCGGAUACGCGAUCAACACGGACAAGAAGUGGGCAUCAGCCUGUUGCUGGACCCUCGAAACCUAAAAGUGACGGUACAAGGGGACUAAGAGCUAUGACGGAAGAAGAGAAAAUCAAAGUGGAUAAGCUGGAACACCGACGAGAUAUCAAUAGACGAUCAGCACAAAAACAUCGUUUACAACGUAAAAAGGAAAUGGAGACAAUGACGAAAAUCUUAGCCGAGAAAGAUGCUCAAAUCCACCAGCUUCAAAGGGAUCUGGAAGUCGAAAAGGCAAGAAACGACCAAUUGAGAAAUUUGAUGAAUAACAGAUUGGCUAGAAGUGGUUCAAGUGCGGGACAUUGA